GUUGGACUCGAGUCAACUAAAGUUCAACGGCCUGUAACUCUCUCCCCAAGUGAGACGGGAAGAGUCGACUCGCCUGAAAACUGCUCUUCUUCCACUACAGCCAUCACCACGCCCAUCUCCAAUCUUCACCCGCUCCCCAUCGUGACAUCCCAUCAUGGUGCGGAAAAACUAUCGGGAACUGUAUAGGAAGGGUCGCAUACUUCAAUCCUGGCGUGGCAUCAACCUUUAUAACCUUGCCCACUAUCGCGACCCCUUCCUCAAAACCAAGACCUUGUAUCAGCAAAAGUGGCUGGCGAAGUCACACUCACGCACCUAUCACGGCCACCAGGUUCGCGAGAAGCAAUGGAAGCUGCAAUUCAAUCGCAAGAUCCCUGCCGUUGUCGAGAUGGACAUCGAGCGUCUCGCAAAAGACGAUGGCAGCAGACAGGCUGCCGGCCGUGGAACGGGCAAAGAUGACCCCCAAUGGAUGAUCCGGCGCAGACCAAGGAACACUCCCUACAUGAGCAUGACUUACUGGCCGCUCGAGCGGCGCUUGGAUACUGCUAUUUUUAGGGCUCUGUUUGCAAGCAGCAUCAGGACCGCGAGGCAGUUUGUUCUCCACGGCCACGUCAAGGUCAAUGGAAGGAAGAUCAAACAUCCUGGCUACCUUCUCAAUCCAGGUGACAUGUUCAGUGUUGACCCUGAGAUGGUCAUGUAUUCGACCGGCAUGAAGGAGUCUGCUAGCACGAGGAAAUGGAUUUACAACAACCUGCCCGCUGACGCGCCUAAAGAUCUGCUGCUCGCGAAGCCGAGGAACCAAAAGACCCCGGCGGACGAGGCUGUGGCGGAAGCUGCACCCGAGGCUGAAGCCGGUGCGACAACAGAGGUAGCAGGAGACUCCGCGUUAACUGAAGAAGACAACGCUGCGAUGAGCGUAAACAAGCUCAAAGCCGAGCUCAAGAGACUGGAAGAAAAGAUUUCGGAAUAUCUGAGGCCGCAGCUAGGCAAAGGCUACGUUUUUCGCUCACGUCGGAAAAAAAGGCUUUACAAGCUCCGCGAACUACGCAGACAAGUCAGGGCCGCCAUCAAAGCGUCCUCUGCGGAAUCGGACGAGGCUGCGGCUAAGCAGGUGAAGAGCUUCGCGGCUCGUUUAGACCGAUCCAAGGUGGAAAGCGAUGUCGUAAAGAAACAUUUGGAACAGCUCCAUCCGCCCCCAGAAUCCAGAGCACCACCCAUCACUCACCUCGAGCUGCUGAAGUCGUGGCCCAACGCCCGUCUACAGGACAAGCCGUACUUGACACCAUGGGUACCGCGCAACUGGAUGAGCGCCUUCGCUUUCAUUCCCAGGUAUCUGGAGGUCAACCAGAACGUGUGCAGUGCAGUCUACCUCAGACAUCCUGUCGCAAGACAAGGGCUUGCUGAGGUUCCUAGUCCAUUCAGCAAGGAGAUGGGCUUGUUGUCGUAUCACUGGUACCUAAGGAGGAGAUAGACUCUUUAUGGCUAGAUCUCCUGCAUAAGAAUCGCACGAGGGCACAUUUUUCUUGAGCAUAGAUAGGCGCCGGGGCACACAAAUGUUUUUGAACAUAGUCUGCAUAGAAUGGCAAUCACAUGCCCCUGUGUUGUAGUAUUUGUACAAAUGAUAUUUCUGUAUUCGGUUGCUUUUUUCGAUUUGUCGCAAUUUCAUCUCACACACUUUUUUUUGGCACUGAAAAACGCCGUACAAAUCUUGAAAUAUAUACACAGUUGACUAAUUAUACUUCAUGACUAAGAUUA